AUGCCAGCAAUGCCGGAAGACGGCGGCCGACCCUCGAGCAGCACCGACGCAAAAGGCAGUGUCUUGUCUAUGCUCCUGCAAGAGCUACAGCAGGUCAAAGACCUACAGAAUACCUCUUCAUAUGAGCAAGAAGAUCAUGGCGAGGACGGAUCUCGAACCCGAAAGCGCACCCGCGUCCAGUACGAAGAGCCGUCGCCGACAACGGCCGAAGCAACCAGCACGGUCCUUCCACUUCCGCCCCCACAUGUGUUGGAAGCACUCAUCGAGGCGUAUUUCAACAACUUUAGCCCCUGGAUUCCGAUGAUUCAUCGAGCGAGAUUCGAUAAAAGAAGAGCAGAUGUGCAAGAAAACGAGAAGCUCCUGGUCGUCCUGCGUGCUAUGAUGGUUGCCGCAAUGCGUCAUGUCCCCCGAGACAACGCAGUGGGUCAGUAUUGGACUCAGCAGCAACUCGAAGCUACACGGAGUUGGGUCAUAUCGACUGCCAUGAGCUCAUUGAGCAUAGAGAACUUGCAGGCUUUGACGAUCAUUGCAUUUAAUGAUAUUGGUAACGGAGAAGCUAUGCGUGCAUGGUCAAUUAUCGGUUCUCUGACUCGAACUGUCGAGUAUCUACAGCUCACGGUGGAACGAGAAGACGCAGACCGAGCGCCUCUGUCCAAGUCCCUCUUCUCUCGCUCGCAACAGGUAGAGAGACCUUGGGUCGAAGAUGAGGAGAGACGGAGGGUGUUCUGGAACAUCUUCAACCUGGACAGAUUUUGUUCCAUCACCAUGGGCUGGAAUACUAGCCUCACGAAUAACGACAUCCGUAGGCGCCUGCCUUGCGACAUCUCUCUAUGGUGGCAAGACGAGUUCAUCAAAACGCCUUAUUAUAACAUCUGGGACAAAUCUGAGGGCCGCAUCGGGAAUCCAAUCUCGUUGCUCCCUUCAACCUACGGAGGGAUGGCACAGAGCAUUAGCCCAGGAGAAAGUGCUACCACUUCGGGCGAGAACAUCACACUAUCCCCAGCCGGUGCAGGCAUGGCCAUCAAUAUGUCCACCGUUGGCGCCUUUGCGUAUUCCGUCGAAGCUACGGAGUCUCUCAGCCAAGUGACAACGUACUUUCUACAGCAGAAGUUUGACAUACGGGAUCAGCGCGAGAUAGAGAGCUGGCUCGUUCGGUUCAAAGAGCUCGACCUUCGACUGAUACACUGGAAAAUGUUCUUGCCACAGAAGUGGAAGCCCGACAUGGCAAGGCAGGCCGUCCACACAUCCAUGGACCCAAACCUGACCCUAGCACAUAUUACGCAUAACACAUCAAUCAUCCUCUUGCAUCAACCAAUCGCCUUUCCUCCGAAGGAAUGGUCUUUUAGAGGGCGACUACCGAGCACAUCCAGCGCCGAGACCUGUUAUGCUGCGGCGAUUGAGGUGGCUUCCAUUACUGCAAACUACCUCAGGACAUCCUCGCUUCCGGUCGCCAACCAGUUUGCCUUCUGCUGCUUUAUCUCUGCGCGACUGCUCUUAAUCCACUGCAAGUACUACAGGGCUGCAGCUGAAGACCCUCCACCUGAGUUCAACUCCUUGCUCGAAAGCCUGGACGAGAUUUCACGGUCGUGGGCCGGGUUUGACGAGACCAAGGAGUACACAUUGGCCGCCAAAUAUGCCGAACGACUGCGAGCCCUGCAAAAGAAGGCGUCUCAGGUGACCCAUUUCCAGAUCGAUCCUUCGGACUACACCGUAGAGAUCUCUCACGACAGCCCAUCCCAAGCCCGCUCGGAACCUUCGCCAGCCACGGCCGGCCAGAGCUUCCAAAGGCCCGAAAUGCGCACAAGCCCAGCCGAGACGUCGCCCUCGAAGACGACAGUACCUGAAGCUCCCAUUUCGCACUCUGCACAGAUGUACUUUGAUACCAAUCGGGCGUUCCAAGCUCCCAAUCAGGGCGCGGAGAUGCAAGAUAUGAGCUCGAUUUCUCAGCUAUUUCUCGAUCAGAGCUUUGUAGACGUUGAUAGGAUCAUCAGCCUCGACGAUGGAAUUUUCGAUACUGGAUACGACGGCUCCUUCUCAUAUGGCUGA